AUGAUUGGCGGCGACAAGGAGAGGAAGCUGACGGGCUUCUUGCUCGCGCUUCUGCCCAGCUUCUUACACCAUCUUGUCGUCGAUGUGCCUCACAAACCAACUCGUGUCUCCCCUACCGCAUGGCUGGACGGCGCUCGUGGAUGGGCUGCCUUUNUCGUCUUCCUCCGUCACUUCGAGUUCUGCUAUCACCGCAAAGGUUCCAUUUCAUACGGCACCGUUAAGGACCCCGAGCAUCCCAAUGAGAAUCAUCACUUGCUGCAACUACCGAUUCUGCGCCUUCUGUAUAGUGGAGAGGCCAUGGUCGCCAUCUUCUUUGUCAUCUCCGGCUACGCCUUGUCGCUCAAGGCACUGAAACUGAUCAGAAAGAAUUCUUACGAACAGCUGAUGCGGACCCUUGCCUCGUCCAUCCUUAGACGUCCGUUGCGACUUUACCUCCCUUGCCUUGCCUCCACCCUCAUUGUGUUCUUCGCACUUCGCCUGGGAAUAUACGACGGCCCGAACUCGAUCGCCGGCCCAGAGGAUGUUUUCAGGUCUAUCUUCCUUGGCUGGGCCCACGACCCUCAACCCCAGAUACUGCCGACUUUCUGGGAGCAAGCAAGAGAUUGGACACACCAGAACCUCCAGCUGUUUGACAUCUUCACACACAAGCAUUGGCCCGAUACCAGAUACGAUGUUCAUCUCUGGACGAUCCCACAGGAAUUCAGAUGCUCUUACGUUCUGUUCUUGACCAUCGCUGGAUUGGCUCUGGUCCGUACUAGAGUGAGAAUGAUCAUUCUGGCUCUUUUUGUCGCUUUCGCCUUCCAAGCAGACUCGUGGGAAUUGAGCGCAUUCUGGAGUGGCGCCCUGAUCGCCGAAGCCAACCUCAUCCAUCAGGAGAAAAAGGACAGUCGCAUCAGUGUUGAUCCUUUCUCUGACGAAGACGAGCCACGUAGCCAGUUGACCGUCUGGUGCACUUACUCUGCUUUUGUUCUGAGUCUUUUCUUGCUCUCAUACCCAUUCCAAGAAGCUGAAUUUGCUCCUGGCUAUUCCACCUUGUCAACACUCGUUCCAUCAGGUCUGCGUGAAGGUGAGGGCUAUCGUUUCUGGCAUUGUAUUGGUGCGAUGAUCAUGAUCUACUCCACCAGCCUCGACAGCCGACUUCAAUUCCUCUUCAACAACCCAUUGAGCCGUUACCUCGGAAACAUCUCCUUCGCGCUAUAUCUGGUUCACGGCUUUACGUUGAAGACCAUUGGUUAUGUCUCUAUAUACGGGUUCUGGCAGAUCACUGGCAAGGACACGCUCUUCCAAUACGAAUCUGGAUUCGUUCUUGGCGGUCUGGUUGUGAUUCCUCUGACCAUCUGGUUCGCAGACCUUUUCUGGAGAUUCAUCGACGUCCCUAUUGUUAAGUUCACUAGAUGGUUCGAGAACUCGCUUCUCCCUGGCGCAGAUGAGAACGGUAGCGAUGGCUUGUUGAUCGAGAAGUCGCCCAGAGAACACCAACCUUGA